GGUUAAUGAGAAAGGUAGGAUAUUUUGCCGAUGGCAGCACCUGGACAUCAAUAUCAACAGAUGAUGUCUGGUUCCCAAGGGCAACUAGGUCAACAGCCAGCUCCUUUCCCUGGUGUCCAGCCAGGUCCUGGUCCUGGUCAGGGGCCAGGGCAGGGGCCUGGUCCUGGUCCAGCAGGUCAGCAAGCUUUGAUAGGUCAACCUCCAAUGCAACAUCCUCCCGGCCAAAUGGCACCACAGAUGAUGUCACCUGGUGCCACCAAGGAGCUUAAUGCUAUCACACUGUGUAAGAAGGGACAGGAGUUUGUGCAAGAUAUAGUUGCCAAAGUCACAGAAAUAUUUAAACAGCUACAGACAAAGCAGAUGCCGCUACCUAAUGGUUUGAAUGCAACUACUGCUGCCUACAUGGACAAACGAAGUAAACUAGAAGAGAACCUCCAGACAUUGUCUAUGGGAUUUAAAAAACUUCAUCUUUUCUAUAGCAAGGUCAACGAAAUGAGCAAAGAUUGUGACAAUUUAUCAGAAGAGGCUCUGAUACCGAUAGAAGGACAGCCUUUUGAGGACAGAAUGUCAACUAGUAGCUCGGAAGUGUACUACAGAUAUGUUGUGGAUGAGAACAGAGAAGUCAUUGAGCAAUUACAAGCUAAAAAUAGAGAGCUGAAGGAUAUCAUUGAUCAAAUGAGAGUGAUUAUCUGGGAAAUCAACACGAUGUUGGUGAUGAGGAAAACGUGAGGAUGUGAUUGCUGUCUAGGACCACGAAAGGUGUGACAGAUGACUAGUGCUAGACCUAGGACAGCGAAAACAUCACCAGUGAAAUCAACGUUAUCAUUUAUCGGAUGAUCUAAAUAACAUGUUUGAGGACAGUAUUUGGACACGUUAUGGUGUGUUAAUGAGUGAAAUUGCUUCUUCAGAUAUUUCAGUCUUAACACAAGUAUAUAGACUAGUUAGCUGUAUAAGGUGCUUAGCCAAUGCUCUGUCUCUCAGCUGCAGAAACUGAAAGAUAAUGUUGUCAUUGCCUAUAGCAAGUAUUCAACAGCUGUCCUGAUCUUCAAUGUUUCUGUAGGAAACCGAGUACUGACAGUUGAACUAAUUUAGUAUUUUCUACCUUGUUGUAAAAACAGUUUUCAAGUGAUUAUUGAAAUGAGAUUUGACUCGAAAGCUGUUCUUAAUUUUCACCACUUUACAGAUUAACAUACCAUGUGUAAAUUAGAGCAUUGAAACAACUGCCAAGAAUGAUAGUCUUCACUGUAAGACCUGGAAACUGUUUUGAAGAUAUAAGAAGUAGGUGAACAUGAUUAUUGAUCUACAUUGUAAAUAUAUCAUCUGUUUUAUAUAUAGUAAAAUAAAUGAAAUGGUAUUUCAGUUA